AUGGCUAGGUACAGAGCUGAGGACGACUACGACUACCUUUCCAAGGUGGUGCUGAUCGGCGACUCCGGCGUCGGCAAGUCCAACUUGCUAUCGAGGUUCACCAGGAAUGAGUUCAGCCUUGAGUCUAAGUCCACCAUCGGCGUCGAGUUCGCCACCUGCAGCUUGGAUGUCGACGGCAAAGUCAUCAAGGCCCAUAUUUGGGACAUUGCUGGCCAAGAAAGCAUUUUCGGAUUCGGCUCAAACCGAGUGUUUUAUGAUGAGGUUGAUGAAUCUGAGUAUUACGAGUUGCGAUGCAAGGCAAUGAGGACAAAGCAAAAUGGGCGUCUGAAGAAAGCAGAGCAAAGAAAAGGCUCACAAACGUCCUGCACAGCGAAACUCGCAGAAAUUGGGCCAAGAAUUGCUGUCAUAGUUGCUAGCCAUGUUGGGUCCGAUGUUGACCCAACUCACCAAGUCGAAGAUGCUAUUCAAAGUCCAUCUGUGGGACAGGAGCAAGAAGUGAUUUGA